AAUAAAGAUAAACAAGCCGAACUUUUGACCAGCCAAUCUUAUUCGAACUCGAGUUCGGUUCGUUUAUUAAACGAGUCUAAUAUUCGAGUUUGAACUCGACUCGUUUACUAAACGAGUCGAGUCGAACCUAUUCAUGAACAAUUCGGUUCAUUUGCAUCCCUAACAACAAUUAUAGAUUAUGGAUUAGUAGAAAUUUAAAAAGAAAAAAGAAAAAAAAGAAAAUAGAGGGAAAAAAAAUUAGCUUAUAUUUUCUUUACAUUUCUCUCAAUUUUUCCUUUCUCUUUCCAAAUGAAUGAUCCAAACAGAGCAUAAUAGACUUGCACAGCUAAUCCAUUGUACUGAUGUAUUUACAACCUAAAAAGAAAAAAUAAAUAAAAACAUGUGCUAAUAUAUAAAAGAGUAGGUGGUGGACUGAUAGGUGGAGAGCAAGCUAACCCUCAAUUUAACACAUGAUUAAGAAUUAUGAUGGCAGCACAAGCAUUGUGUCACACACUACCUCUGAUUAUAACAAUCUCAGAAACUCUAAGCAGAGCAUCAAAAUUUUCUACCAGCAAAACUAUAUUAAUAUGAGUCCAAUGUUGUUAAUGUUGCGUUUGAUUCUAGUCAUUGUUCUAUCCUACAUUGGUUUGUCACAGUCCAUCAUCAUCGAGACCCUCCCUGGUUUUCCUGGUUACCUCCCAUUCAAACUUGAGACUGGUUAUGUUGGUGUAGGAGAAUCAGAUGAAGUGCAACUAUUUUACUACUUCAUUGAGUCAGAAAGGAGCCCAAAAGAUGACCCCCUCAUGCUUUGGCUCACUGGAGGCCCUGGUUGUUCUGCUUUAUCUGGUCUCCUUUUUGAGAUAGGUCCAUUUACUUUUGACUAUCCAAAUUCCAGUGGGAACAAGCCAACAUUGGAGGUGAACCCAUACUCAUGGACAAAGGUGGCCAACAUAAUAUUUUUAGAUUCACCUGUUGGUACUGGAUUCUCCUAUGCAAAAACAUUCCAAGCUUACAACACCAACGACACGUUAGCAGCUGCACAGGCUUACAGUUUUUUGAGGAAGUGGCUUAUGGAUCACCCUAAAUUUCUCAUCAAUCCGUUGUACAUUGGUGGCGACUCCUACUCUGGCCUAAUUGUUCCAAUCAUUGUUCAAGAAAUAUAUGAUGGAAAUGAAGUCACCCAUGACCCGCCAAUGAACAUUCAAGGAUACUUGCUAGGCAACCCUUUCACGGACGCAAACUACCUGAAUUCAAGGGUAGUAUUUGCUCAUCGAAUGGCACUCUUAUCAGAUGACCUCUAUGAGUCAACAAAAGCGAAUUGCCAUGGGAAUUAUGUAGAUGUGGAUCCUAACAACACCUUAUGUGUAAUUGAUCUACAAGUGGUAGAGGAGUGCAUUGAGAAUUUAGACCCCGCACAAAUUUUGGAACCAAAUUGUGAUGAGAUGUCCCCAAAACCAAAUCUAUUGAAAUGGAAUCCAAACGCUCGCAAAGAAGAUCCCAAAGAUCUCCUUCUUUCACUACCUCCACUUCCUGGACCGUGGUGCCGAAAUUAUAAUUAUUUGUACGCGUACAUUUGGGCGAAUGAUAGAACUGUCCAAGAAGCUCUUCAUAUUAGACAGGGAACCAAAAAAGAAUGGCUUAGAUGCAAUAAGAGCUUAGAUUACACUGAAAAUGUUUACAGCAGUGUCAUCUAUCAUCAAAAUCUCACCACAAAACAUUGCCGAGCUCUAAUUUACAGUGGUGAUCACGACAUGGUUAUUCCAUAUGUGGGGACGCGAGAAUGGAUAAAUUUACUGAACUUAUCAGUUAUAGAUGGUUGGAAACCAUGGUUCGUUGAUGGUCAAGUAGGCGGAUUCAGAGAGAUGUUUACAAAAAACUCAUAUAUAUUGACAUUUGCGACUGUGAAGGGAGGGGGUCACACAGCUCCAGAGUAUAGGCCGAAGGAAUGUCUUGCCAUGGAUUGGAGCACAUAAUAGAGAGGAGAUUGUGACGCCUAUUGCUUUGUGGAACUCCCAACCUCUUAUCCAUUAUGUGCAUUAUUAUAUGAUCUAAUUUUGUUUUGCAUCGUGCUCUCUCACUCUUAUACUGAGUUUGAGUUAAGCGGAGCUUAGUCCAAGUAGUCCUAACUUGUACUUUGAGUAAGUUUGGGACCAGCUAAAAUAUCUAGAAAAGUAAAAGAAUUUUUUCUUUUA